AAUAAGAUUAUCCUGGACCCCAUGACAUUCAGCGAGGCCAGGUUCAGGCCAUCCCUGGAGGAACGGCUGGAGAGCAUCAUCAGCGGUGCAGCCCUGAUGGCCGACUCCUCCUGUACACGGGACGACAGGCGUGAGAGGAUCGUUGCUGAGUGCAAUGCCGUGCGGCAGGCGCUCCAGGACCUGCUCAGCGAGUACAUGAAUAAUACUGGAAGAAAAGAAAAGGGAGAUCCUCUAAACAUUGCAAUUGAUAAGAUGACCAAGAAAACAAGAGACCUGAGGAGACAGCUUCGGAAAGCAGUGAUGGAUCACAUAUCUGAUUCUUUCUUGGAAACCAACGUCCCUUUGCUAGUUCUCAUUGAGGCUGCAAAGAGCGGAAAUGAAAAGGAAGUGAAAGAAUAUGCCCAGGUUUUCCGUGAGCAUGCCAACAAACUGGUGGAGAUCUUAUUUGAAGUCUUGUGUGUCAUCUUUCCAUUCAUUCUUCCUUCCCCUCUGAUACAUCCCCUGGACACAUCCAUCAUUCCCCUUAUCCCGCCCUUAGGUUCCACUGCAAGUGAAUCCCGUUACUACCCACGAUUCUUGAUCCUCAAAUUGUGGCAGAAGCCAAAGGCUCAA